AUGUCAGAUCUUCGACGAGCAAGCCAUUUUUUUCUUCGCGUCCAAACUAGAUCCAGAUUCUCGGGGCCAAUACUGUGCGCGGAGGAGGAGGAAGAAGGAGAAGUAGCAGCAGAGGUUGGUGAGGUCACGAUACGACAACGACCACGGGAGUUACGGAAAGUAGCUUUGUACCCCAGUCCAGUCCAGCGUUCUCUACCAUCACACGUGUGGCACCAUCCACUACGACCGUACUUUCCGAACUUUUAA